AAUUAUCCGCGACUCGCUCUAUAUCACACGAGGUUGCAAGACCGAAGCGAGGAUGUAGAUGAUCUGGCCUGGCCCAAAAACAGAGUGGUGUAUAGGCCAUAUUCUUCGGCUAGGUAAUCUACACUGUGACCACCUGAUGGAUGGCUUGGAUCUAUUAAGCGUGUGCCGUGAGAUCACAUGCAUCUAUGCUCGGAUCGAGUUUUGUUUGAGUCAAGUUGAUUUUUUUUUUUUUGAGUUUUUAAAUUACGAUCCCCUACUCCCGGAAUAAUGCUUGUCUUCUAUUUGUAUUUUGCAUGCAUGCACGUGCCAUGGCCCACCUACGUACCCACAGCCGCUGGAUGAUCUCAAGAGACUAUCUCUUCUCUCAAAUCCAGCUACCACACCCCGAUUUCAAAAUCCUGCCGUUGGUUACCGUGGGCCAUCUUUGACAAUGGCGGAGGACGGAGUAAAGGUGACCGGAAUCCGGCAUAUAGUCCGAUUGAGAGAGAUGCUCCAGAAAUGGCAGUCGAUCAGCCUUAAUCCGAAAGCUCGUGGGUCGGAGAAGCCGUCGGGGAUCCCUCCUUCCAUCAACAAGCGUCUGAAGAACUCAGCCCAUAUCUCCGAUUCCGAAGAGGAAAGCUGCCCCAGCCCUGACCACCUGCCGGACAUCCCCAAGGGGUAUUUGGCGGUCUACGUGGGGCCGGAGCUGCGGCGAUUCAUCAUCCCCACGAGCUAUCUAAGCCUCCCGGUGUUCAAGGUGUUGCUGGAGAAAGCAGAGGAGGAGUUUGGGUUCGAUCCCAACGGCGCCCUCACGCUCCCCUGCGAUAUCGAGACCUUCAAAUACAUCCUCCAGUCGACGAAGGGCGUGGAAUACAAUGAAAGAAAACAGUCAGGCUUAGAAGAGGAAUGACAACACGUGGGUUUGUAUAGAGCUACUGAUUUAAAAGGGUUGCAGAUGUAAUUGAGGCCACUUAAUCAAUCCGGUUGUUUAUCUGUUUGACUCAAUGUAGACAUCUUAGUUAGAGAAUUUUUGUGAGUUAACUUCCGCCGGAGCUCCGCCAAUGUGCCUAUGUGUCAGAAUCCGUCUAACGGGAUCUGACCCACAUUUGUCAGAGAUCAUGAGAUAUUAUUCAUCCAUUUCUACUAAAGACUCUGUAGCCAUGUGCUGGCUUCAUUACUUAAGUAAUAUUAAUCCUCUUUUGUCGGCCAUAUUAAGGAAA